GGUACAGCUGUUAGAAGAAUUUAAAAUGGCCGCUGCUGUGGUGCAGUCCUUGGUACCUCUGGCAAGGCACCACGUGGGGCCCGCGGCGGGGGCCGCCUGCCUCCGUGCGGCCUACAGCACGGACAUCCAGCCCCUCCGCACGACCGACCUGGCGGCGCUCAGGCGCGGCACGGGCGGCCGCUCCAGCUUCAACGGCGUCGUGGCCACGGUGUUCGGGGCCGGGGGCUUCCUGGGGCGCUACCUCUGCAACCGCCUGGGCAAGAUCGGCACCCAGGUGAUCGUCCCGUACCGAGGCGACCACUACGACGUGCUGCGCCUGAAGAUGGUGGGGGACCUGGGGCAGGUGCUGUUCCUGCCCUUCCACCUGCAGGACGACACGUCCAUCCGCAAGGCCCUCAAGUACUCCACGGUCGCAGUCAACCUGAUUGGCCGCGACUGGGAGACCAAGAACUUCUCCUUCGACGACGUGCACGUGGACGGGGCGCGGCGGCUGGCACGGCUGGCGCGCGAGGCGGGCGUCGAGAAGUUCGUCCACGUGUCGGCCCUCAACGCCGACCCCAACCCGGAGCCCAUCAUCCUGAGGAAGGGGUCGCGCUGCCUGGCCAGCAAGUGGUGGGGCGAGCAGGCGGUGCGCGAGGAGUUCCCUGAGGCCGUCGUCAUCAGGCCGGGCGUCAUCUACGGCCAGGAGGACCGCUUCAUCAGGGCCUUCACGUACUUCUGGCGCCGGCAGCUGCGCGCCAUGCCGCUCUGGCUCAAGGGGGAGCAGACGGUGAGGCAGCCCGUGUACGUCGCUGACGUGGCGGCCGCCAUCGUCAACGCCAUCCGGGACCCCGACGCCGCGGGCAAGACCUUCCAGGCCGUCGGGCCCAAGAGGUACCAGCUGUCGGAGCUGGUGGACUGGUUCCACCGCCUGAUGCGCCGCGAUGAGACGUGGGGGUACUGGCGCUACGACAUGCGCUUCGACCCCUUGUUCCUGGCCCGCGUGAAGGCCCUGGAGCUGGUGUCCCCCAACACGCCCGUGGGGCUCCUGCACUUCGAGGGGCUGGAGAUGCAACACACCACGGACAGGGUGGUGCCUGGGGUGCCCACGCUGGAGGACCUGGGAGUGGCUCUGACCAGCAUGGAGGACCAGGUGCCGUGGGAGCUGCGGCCCUACCGCUCGGGGCUGUACUACGACGAGGGGCUGGGGGAGUUCGAGGACCCCGCCCCGCCCCAGGCCGUCCCGGUGUGAUAGUAACCUGUCGACUGUGUAAAUAUUGUACGCUUUCAGAAUUAAAAUGAGAUUGAACUGUA